CGCCCGCACACCCAGCUGUGAGCGGUACCGAAGCCCGGGCAUGGAGCUGCCGGAUUCGGUCCGUCUGCGGCUGGGAAACUUCAGCCGGACCGUGUUCAGCGACUCCAACCGGACUGGGCCGGAGUACAACGAAAGUCCGGCUGGUUCUCCGCAGUGGGUGAAGUACCUUCGAGAGGCCGGGCCAAGAGCUGGGGCUGGGACUGGGACGUAUCUCAGCCCUGAUACCCGGCCAGUCCGGGGUUGAUCGUGCCGCGGCCUGGCCAGAUAAUGAAAUGGUUUCCAGUUUGGCACUGCAGAUGUCCCUUUAUUUUAACACUUACUUUUUCCCACUUUGGUGGGUGAGCAGCAUGAUAAUGCUUCAGGUGAAGUAUUCAGUCUUGCCUGAUUACUACAAAUUCAUUGUGGUCACUGUUAUCAUCCUAAUAACCUUAAUUGAAGCUAUCAGGUUGUAUCUGGGCUACAUGGGUAACCUACAGGAGAAGGUUCCUGAGUUGGCUGGCUUUUGGCUUUUGAGCCUUCUAUUGCAGUUGCCUUUAAUUCUUUUCUUGCUCUUUAAUGAAGGCCUAACAAAUCUGCCCUUGGAAAAAGCGGUACACAUCAUCUUCACUAUGUUCCUUACUUUCCAAGUUGUUUCAGCAUUUCUUACCUUGAGGAAAAUGGUAAAUCAGUUGGCAACUCGUUUCCACCUCCAAGACUUUGACCGUCUUUCUGCAAAUAGAGGAGGCAUGAGAACAAUGAGAUCCUGUAUAGAAGAGAUUUGACCCAGUGCUGUUGAGUGAAAAUCUUAAAGAUCAUUCCAGAAGACUGCAAAAGUUAAGAAAAAUCAGAGAUCUAGCAUGAGAUAAAGGACAAAACAAGUUUUGGAAUUAUAUACUCUCUAGCUCUGAAAUUCCAAAUUUGGGGGCAAUGAUAAGACUAUACAGUACACGAAAGCAGUAAGUCACCCUAAAGCCUAGACGUUGUUCACCUGAUGCCAAAUAACUUAAUUUUUAGUUUAUUGUCAACUGUCUCAGAUGUUAAAAUUCUGUGGUGGUGGCCACAGUUUACCAGCUUUAUUGUAAUAUGGCUAGUUAACACCUGUAACUAGAAAUGUAUAUAUUUCUUUUAAACUUGUUGGCUAUCCAUAUGCUGGCAGUAUAUCUGAAGCACAUGGAAAUUCUUGUCAAUAUUCUGGUGUAUUAGACUACAGUUGUAAACAAAAACACCAAAUGUUCAUGUCUGCUAUGGUUACAUUUUAACCCUAGUCUUAGCUAUUAUACUGAGGUUGCGAAGAAAACAGGUGGAUUAUCAUGGUAUUUAGGAAAUAUUUUUUUAUCAUAAAAUUGUAACUUUUGUAAAACCAUGUUCAGUAUUUAUGGUGAUGGUGGUGUGCAAAAUGUCUUUCCUAUAAAUUAUAAAAUAUUUAUGUUAAAGUAGCUGCAACAAAUCAUUCUUGUCUUGUACAGUUCUUUUGAGUUGAGUUUGUUAUUUUUAUUACAGAGUUACAAUGGAAGGAAGGAGAAAAAAUAUAUAUUGGAGAGCCUUCUAUGUAGUCGGCACUGUACUAAGCACAUUAAUCCUUGAGAUCUCGUCUACUAAAAUCAUUAUUCACUGAAGAACUGCCUUAUAAAUAAAUUCACCCAAUAAAUUCACAUGAGGCUUGAUUUGAAAACCAAGCCUAUGGGUGCCUAUUAGUACACGGUAAGCGCUAACGUGGCCAAAGGGACUAUACUCAUGGUCUUAAAUGAGCAUGGUCCCUUGCUAAUAGGAAAAACUUGUUUAAGGAAAUUCUGUUAGAAAUAAAAUUACUUGGAUGUACUUAACAUUUUAUUUUUAAGUGAUUAUUGGAUUGUCUUAAGGAAUAUACAGUAGUUUCCCCUUAUCUGGGUUAUACGUUCCAAGACCACCAGUGGAUGCCUGAAACCUCGGAUAAUACCCAAUACUAUAUAUUCUAUGCUUUUUUCUUACACAUAUAUAACUAUGAUAAAGUUUAAUAUAUAAAUUAGGCACAGGAAGAGAUUAACAAUAAUAAUAGAAUAGAACAAGUAUAACAAUAUACUGUAAUAAAAGUUUGUAACUGUGGACUCUCAAAAUAUUGUAUGCAAUUUUUCACUUAAGGGAAGCAUUUUAUAGCUUCUCUUUGGCAUAUCCGAAUUGUCAGCAUCACUACUCUUGCUCUCUGAGGCCAUUAUUAAGUAAAAUAAGGGUUACUUGAGCACAAGCACUGUUGACUGUCAACCUGAUAACUAACUAAUGGGCGGGUAACCUAUCUACUGUUUGGAGAUGUUAAAGGGAUGAUUCAUGUCCCAGGCAGCACUGAGCGGGACAGCUCAAGACUUCAUCACACUAAGCAUUCGCACAAUUUAAAACAUUACUUGCUUAUUUCUGGAAUUUUCCAUUUAAUAUUUUAGGACUGUAAUUGACUAUGGGUUAUUGAAACUGGAAAGCAGAACUGCAGGUAAGGGGGGACAAAUGUAAUAUUUCUUUUCUACAGGGAAAUGUGGCUUUAUAAGUAAUGUAUUUUACUGAGAAACAGUUGUAGCUACAUUAAAAUUUGU